GCCUUUACCAUAAGAGUAACGUUAAGAAUCUUCCGCCGAUAGGCUGCAAUAUAACGAAACACACUCUUUACCAAAAGUAGUAUCGGCCCAAACUCAACUGCCACUGCUAAUCUCUACUGCCCGGAUCAUCAUAUGCGCGCUACUGAGGCUAAAUAAGCAAAGUACAACCAAAACGCUCGCGACGCGUACCAGCCUUGUUCGUGCCGUUACGAAUACCGGACAUCUCAGUUUUGACCUUUGUACCUCGAGACGAGUCGACGACUCACAUAAUAUAUUUUCAUUCUUCCGCAAUCACUCGAAAUAAUCUUAUUAAGACUGUCUUCAUCAUGUCCGCGCUCGUCGACGUCGAUACCCUCACCGUGGAGCAGAUGACUGCUUUGGUGGCGCAGCUGGAGGCGAAAAAGAAAGAGGCAGUGGCGCGCCAGCGUGCCGAGGAAGAUGCUAAGAGGAAGGAGGAGGAAGCUCUGAGGAAGGCAGCGGAGAAGAAGAGGGCAGAGGCAGAGGAGCGGAAGAGGGUGGAGGCGGAGGAGCGGAAGAGGGUGGAGGGGGACAAGAAGAAGACCGGGGCAGAGAGCAGUGUCCGAUGUACGGCAUGCAUCAAGGCCAAUGCGGAAUGUACAUCCUCAGCAGCGAGCAGGAGAAUCCGAGUCACUUCCUGUGACCGAUGCAGGGCUACAAAGUCUGCCUGCACGUUUUGCGGAAAGGCUGAGAAAACAAAGCGGAAGAAGAGGGCGGACACAGACUCGGAGGAGGAUGAGGCAGAGUCGUCCCGCGGAGACAGGAAAAGGAGUCGCCAGCCAUUCAAAUUGGGCUUUCAGCUCCCACCCCCUUCCACCCCGGCCCAAGCAGCACUACCUGCCGGCCGAGUCCAACAGCCAUUCAAUUUGGGCUUUCAGCUCUUUCCUCCCUCCACCCCGGCCCGGCAGGGCCUGAGCUUGAUGGAGGCUGAGGAUGAAGUGGACGAGAGGGGACUUGUAGUGGCUGCCCUGGAGGUGCUGGCAGAUAAAAUUGGGCAGGUAUCGGAGGAGUUAGCCGCAAACCGGAAGAUGCAGCAGAAGAUGGUUACCGUGCUGGACAAUAUUUUCAGAACUAUGGAGUCCCGGAAGGAGGUUGACCAACUAGCUAGCGUUAAAUUUGAAUAGAAAUCAGCUAUUUACCUUGACAUAAGGUUGUGUUUUGUUGUCUGUCGUCACGCGCCUGUGGUCUCGCAUCAGUCAGAGCUAAAUUUCCCGCCUUACAUCAAAAUUGUGGACAACUCAGGAC